AUAGCUGACAUAAGGCGGUUGUGGAGAGACGAGUGGUCUUGUAGGAGUGUGAAUGGGAUGGAUCAGAUAUUGGCUGAGGCACGAGCCGUGAAGGCAAGGCUUGAGGCACAAGAUAGUGCCGCUGAGUUGCUCUUGACGAAAUGCAGUCAAGUGAGACACAAACUGGCCGCCUUACAACAGUGUGAAAACGGUUUUGAAGAGUUGAACGUUGCAAGUGGUCGAAGAUCAAAAAGUGAGCUUCUUCACGGUAGCCAACACGAAAGUCAACGAAUACAAACGCUUGAGGAAGAGAACGUCUUCUUACAAAAAUCACUAGAAGACCAUGAAGAAGCUCUGGAGCUUGUCAUGAAGAAAUACAGAGAGCAAAUCACUGAUUUGAUCGCAGUGAACAGAAUCGACAACUUGUAUCUCACGCUUGUGAAUCAAGGUGAAGAAACAGAGACGAAAAGAGACGAAAUCAGCGAGAUGGCAACCGUCAUGAAGAAAGCCAUAGAAUUAGAUGAAAACUCAAGCGAACUUGAACAACAACUAAUCGCUGCUUUACGAUACGAGAACGAGGGACUAAGAGACUUACUAGGCAUUUCAUCCGUCGAUUUGGUUGACAGAGAAGCCGACGAGGACACUGAUCAAUCGUCCGACUUUUCGUCGUAUAAACUACAACACAUUCCACCCGACGUUACAAAGGAAAGCGAUGAGACGAAAGAGAAAGCAACGACAGACGGCACAGAUAACGAUUUCAAGUCGUUCUGAGCCAUUGCCAUAGCGAUAGAAUUGGACGGACGUUGUGUGGUAGAUGAUGGGAUUUGCUGCAAGGACAGUGGGUGGUGAGAAUGUUUUCGGGUUUGUUUGUAUGACUAUGAGAUUGUUUCGUAAGCAAACAAAGGGUGUGACUAAAUGGUGGCAUGCAGAGCAGUUGAAAUAAAUAAAGUUUGG